CAGCUUUUACCCCAGGUCUUUUACUCUGUUCUACCGCGUAAUCUUUGAAUAUCUGUCUAACAAAUCUCUCACAUACCAUUAAUCCAUUAUCUCCGUACCAUGGAAGGCAAUAUGCCCGUUCAAGCUUGUUAUCCGAUUACCGAGACGGUAUCGAAAGACGGUCUGGUCAUUCCUAUUAUCAACUUCGCUCCCUUCCGAAACGGCACUCCAGCUGACAAGCACGCCGUGGCCAUGUCCGUCGUCCAUGCCUUCAAGACGUCCGGAUUCCUUUACCUGAAAAAUCAUGGCAUACCGCCAUCGGUAACAUCCCGAGUAUUCAAGUCCUCUGCAUCCUUCUUCGGCAGACCCCAAGACCAAAAAGACACAUUAGGCUGGACAACCCCGCAGGCAAACCGUGGUUACGUCCGCACGGGCCGGGAGAAGCUAAGUACGGUUGAUGACCAGGCAGACCGCACGGUCCCAGAUAUCAAAGAGAGCAUGGAAAUUGGCCGCGAGGGCGUGGAAGGUCUCCCAAACCGUUGGCCGGAUCAGCUUGACGAAGAGGGCAAAGACUUCAAAAACGUCAUGCUUGAGUUCUUUGAGAUGUGCAAGGAGCUGCAUAUUAAAGUCAUGCAGGCUAUUGCGUUGGGGAUGAAUUUACCCGUGCAUUUUUUCGAUGAGUACGUGGACAAGGGCGAUAAUAACUUGCGUCUGCUGCAUUACCCGGCUGUGCAUAAGGAUGUCUUCAAGAAGAAUCCUGGACAGGUCAGAGCUGCGGAACAUAGUGAUUACGGGUCCAUUACACUUCUUUUUCAAGAUCGACGAGGUGGCCUGCAGGCGAGGAGUCCUGAGGGGACAUGGGUUGAUGUGACGCCAUUCCCUGAUACGGUAGUUAUCAAUGCAGGUGAUUUGCUAGCAAGGUGGUCGAACGACACGAUCAAGAGCACGAAGCAUAGGGUUAUUGAGCCGCCGAAAGUGCCUGGCGCGGAGGAUGAUGACACUGAUAUGUACCCAGAGCGAUACAGCGUUGCGUACUUCUGCAACCCUAACAUGGACAAAUUCAUCGAGGCUAUCCCCGGGACAUAUGGCGAAGGGGAGGGCCUUAGCAAGGCAAAAUACCCCGGAAUCACAUCAGGAGAUUACCUAGUGCAGCGUCUCUCUGCGACGUACUAA